GAACUAAAGGAGUGUUUGAGCUUCUGUCUGGAUGGCGGAGAACCAAAGAGAACUUGCCCUUCAAAGACAGGAUAGCAGAUGCCUAUUCUGAUGUGAUGGUCACCUAUACCAUGACCAGCUCCCUGUACUUCAUCGCUUUUGGCAUGGGUGCCAGCCCUUUCACAAACAUAGAGGCUGUGAAGGUCUUCUGUCAAAACAUGUGUGUCUCCAUUCUGUUGAACUACUUCUACAUUUUCUCCUUCUUUGGCUCCUGUCUGGUCUUUGCUGGCCAACUAGAGCAAAACCGCUACCACAGCAUCUUUUGCUGUAAGAUCCCUUCUGCAGAAUACCUGGAUCGCAAACCUGUGUGGUUCCAGACAGUGAUGAGUGAUGGGCAUCAACAGACGUCCCAUCAUGAGACGAACCCCUACCAGCACCACUUCAUUCAGCACUUCCUCCGUGAACAUUAUAAUGAAUGGAUUACCAAUAUAUAUGUGAAGCCAUUUGUCGUCAUCCUCUAUCUCAUUUAUGCCUCCUUCUCCUUCAUGGGGUGCUUACAGAUCAGUGACGGAGCCAACAUCAUCAAGCUACUAGCCAGUGAUUCGCCAAGUGUUUCCUAUGCCAUGGUUCAGCAGAAAUAUUUCAGCAACUAUAGCCCUGUGAUAGGAUUCUAUGUCUAUGAGCCUCUAGAGUACUGGAACAGCAGCGUCCAGGAUGACCUAAGAAGACUCUGUAGUGGAUUCACUGCAGUGUCCUGGGUGGAGCAGUACUACCAGUUCCUGAAAGUCAGCAACAUCAGUGCCAAUAACAAAAGUGACUUCAUCAGUGUCCUGCAAAGCUCAUUUUUAAAAAAGCCAGAAUUCCAGCAUUUUCGAAAUGAUAUCAUCUUCUCCAAGGCAGGGGAUGAAAGCAAUAUCAUUGCUUCUCGCUUGUAUCUGGUGGCCAGGACUAGCAGAGACAAGCAGAAAGAAGUCAUAGAAGUGUUGGAAAAGCUGAGGCCCCUAUCCCUCUCAAAGAGCAUCCGAUUCAUCGUGUUCAACCCCUCCUUUGUCUUCAUGGACCAUUACAGCUUGUCUGUCACAGUGCCUGUUCUGAUUGCAGGCUUUGGUGUUCUCCUGGUGUUAAUCCUGACUUUUUUCCUAGUGAUCCACCCUCUGGGAAACUUCUGGCUAAUUCUUAGCGUCACCUCAAUUGAGCUGGGCGUUCUGGGCUUAAUGACAUUAUGGAACGUCGACAUGGAUUGCAUUUCUAUCUUGUGCCUUAUCUACACCUUGAAUUUUGCCAUUGACCACUGUGCACCACUGCUUUUCACAUUUGUAUUAGCAACUGAGCACACCCGAACACAAUGUAUAAAAAGCUCCUUGCAAGAGCAUGGGACAGCCAUUUUGCAAAAUGUUACUUCUUUUCUUAUUGGGUUAGUCCCCCUUCUAUUUGUGCCUUCGAACCUGACCUUCACACUGUUCAAAUGCUUGCUGCUCACUGGGGGUUGCACACUUCUGCACUGUUUUGUUAUUUUACCUGUGUUCCUAACGUUUUUCCCCCCUUCCAAAAAGCACCACAAGAAAAAGAAACGUGCCAAGCGAAAGGAGAGAGAGGAAAUUGAAUGCAUAGAAAUUCAAGAAAACCCGGAUCACGUCACCACAGUAUGAGGGGUAUAGACCAGUGGAUUAUUUUUCUUUUCCAGUAUUGCACAAUGAUGCAGGGCAAGUAAAGCUCAGACCUCAGCUGCUUGGGCUGGCCAGGGGUAACAAGGCAAGUCAGAUCAAGAGUGCAUUAUUCAUGACACUUCAAGGUGUCUGCUUCUUGGGGGGAAGAGGGAAUAAAAAAAGAGGAGAAAGUUAUUUGCAACCUUGUUCUCCUUUAAAAACAAGUUUCUGGAUGUAAUCUGAGAGCUCUUCCAAGGAAUGGAUGAAUCAAUGGAGUGUUAAGAUAGAAGGCCCAAAGAACCAGCUGCUUUUAAAAAUAAAAUGCUUAAGAGUGAUGGAGAAGCAAGGAAAGGUGUCCUUCAGAUAGGGGGAAAGACAUAGGAAAUGUGCCAUG